AUGCUGCAUCUGGCGCCGAGUCUUCGCAAUAACAUGAUUGCCAUGGUAGGAGAAUUCGUGGGCACCUUCCUCUUCCUGUUCUUUUCGUACGCUGGGACCCAGGUGUCGAACACUCCCAAGCCGGCCCCGGGCUCUCCACCAAACUUAGAAGCUCUUCUGUACUCCUCUCUGUGCUUCGGCUUCUCUUUGACGGUCAACGUGUGGGCAUUUUACCGGGUCACCGGCGGCCUCUUCAACCCAUCCGUCACUCUGGCAUUAUGUCUGGUCGGAGGCAUGCCGCCGAUUCGCGGCGUGCUCGUCUUCGCUGCGCAGAUUGUUGGCGGCAUUGCCGCCGCAGGCGUGGUCAGCGCUCUCUUUCCAGGCCCCCUCAACGUCACAACCCGGUUGGGGGGAGGUGCUUCCAUCUCCCAGGGCCUGUUCAUUGAGAUGUUUCUGACGGCGCAACUGGUGUUUGUCAUCAUCAUGUUGGCUGUUGUGAAACAGAAAUCCACUUUCCUGGCCCCCGUGGCCAUCGGUCUCGCUUUCUUCGUCGCGGAAAUGAUUGGUGAUUAUUACACGGGAGGAUCUCUGAAUCCUGCCCGUUCCCUCGGCCCCGAUGUGAUCAACCGCUCCUUCCCUGGGUACCACUGGAUCUACUGGGUCGGACCGCUCCUCGGAUCCCUGCUGGCGUGCGGCUUCUAUACGUUCCUCAGGCUAUUCCAGUAUGAGACCGUCAACCCGGGACAGGAUAACAACGAAUGGGAAGCAGAGGCAAAGACCAGGGGCGAAUCAUUUGAUGAAUCCAACGGAAGGACUUCAACAAACUUCUCCGAAUCGACGUUUGGCGGACGGAAUCCUUCUCUUACCCCCGCACCAACCAGUGGUGCACCGGCUAACUUUGCACCGCAUGGUGGAAUCCCGAAUGGAGCUGAACAGGUGUGA